AUGGUGUUACCUACUCGAGAGCAGUACUUCGCGCAGCUGCCGACUUCACAAGAGACCGACGGCUCUACUGCUGAAGCAGUCAUCGCGGAUGAGUGCCCUGUUUGUUACGAUGAGGUCACCACGCCCGUCAAGACAUCCUGCAACCACACCUUCUGCGAAAAUUGCCUGAAGCAAUGGCUCAGCUCAUCAAAUACAUGCCCAUCAUGUCGCACGGAGCAGUUUCAGCGCGAUCCAGUUGAGGUAACCGCAAGUGAGCUUGCGCAAGCACAACGAAUUCUAUCACGAACUCCUCGCAUCGGAUUGGGGCCGUACAGCAGCACGGCCGUCGAAGUGCAGUCCCUGGAAGGCGAAAUACGACACGCAAAUGAGGUCCUGGCGGCGUACAGAAGGGUGCGCCUCAUUGCUGGGCCAGAUACGAUGGCUCUAGGCCGCUCAGCGCUGGACGCUCAUGUGACGCUCCCCACUUCCGACAACGCUGCUGUACAAGCACUGCGAGACAGUAUAGCUCCACGCCGUUCGUUGCUACCAGAAGCUAGAGAGCAAGGUCACCCAGCCACGCCGCCACCGGAUACUGGAGAACCGCCUCGAAGACCCAGCGUCUUCCCGCGGUUCGCUGAUGAUCUUAUGGCCAGCUUUGACCGCCUCUCCAACAGUGCGUUUCAGCGCCCUUACGUCGAACUUAGAAGUACCGAGAGAGUCUCUCCGACAGCGGCGCAGCUAGCACGCCAGAUCCCUCCAACAUCACAGUCAGGUCCACUACUGCGAAACCAGCGUCGCCAGAGAGCUCCGCGAGCAGACCAGGCGCGGAACUUAGGAUCAAUGAUCUAUCACUCAUAG